AUGGCUGCCAUGCCGUCUACUGACAUGAAUUAUAAACUUCAACAAAAGAGAAAACUUCUGAGGCCUGACAGAGAUAAAAAGUCGCGGCAACAGGAAGCAUACAAAUGGAGGGAUGCUCGGCGGGUAUAUCUGGCUGGUUCCUUCGACCGCUGGAAGCGACUGAGAAGCAAAUUGGGUUUGAAAGAUUCGAGGCUCGCGUGGCAUUUGUUAGAGGCUCACGUAAACCAUUGUGUUGAAUGCGGUAUGAUGGAGAGCACUGAUAGUGAUGCGUCUUCCAAAGAUUUUUUCCCAGCAUUGGUGAAAUCAGUACGCAGACUGUGCCAAAAACAUUUCAGUUUCAAACACUCGGUCGAGGUUGUAGGUCUGCUGUGUCUGAAUGUCGACAAUGAGGAGAAGGAGAAUUACAGCAUCAAGGAGCUGAUUCAGCGACCAAUAGGUCUUCGGGUUGAGGCUCUUAGUUCAAAGGUUAACGGUUCUUCCAACAAAGAUGCCAGGCAACCACUUGGAAUGGCAGACAGUAAUGUCGGUGAAUCGGAAACUAGUUUGGAGGCUACAGGUGACAGCCAUUUUGAAUCUGAAGGGUCAUCACAACAGAGAAUGAAUGCAGACAUUAAUGAUGGACACAGUGAAUCACUUGAGUAUUUCUCUGAUGAAUACGACGAUGAUUAUGAUGGUGAUGAGUAUGCAGAUGCCAUCGAACCAGACACAAGCACGGACAACAUCUCAAUGUCUGAAGCUGUAAGUAGUUCUCAGGAAUAUGCCACACCUGGUAACCAGCAGACAUUAAGCCAAAGCAUUGUUAACUUGGAAAAUAUGGAAGUUCCUCUUAUUGAACAGCAGAAUCUUUUUGCAAGUGGAGCAAAAUGUAUGACCAAAAAAAUGAACAAAGAAGAAUUUUCCUUCCUGCAAAUGACACCGCAUUUAAUGUUUAGUGAAUUCUCAACCUUGUAUCCAAACAUUUCUAUGAGAACAUUUUAUCGUUGGAAAAAGGAAAUUGCAGAGGGAAUGGACUUCAUUCGCCAAAAUGAAACGGUUACCUUUCCUGAGUUUCAGAAAUUGUGUCAAGAAGUGAGUCAAGAGGUGUUUGUUUUAUGGAAAAAGUUGACAUGUGAACAGUCCCACAAUGCAUCCAGUUCAAACAGUUUACCUCCCACUGAAUCAAACAUAGAUGUUGAACAGUUGAAGGGAAGUAACACGGUGGAAAGUGUGCCAAAUUCUGAACACUGUGAAGCAUGGACAGUAAAAAAUAUUGACUCAGAGUGUGAGGAUAAGAUCCGGAUUGUUUUGAAGAACAAGUCAAAUGUGAUACACACUGCCAGCAUGGGUGAGAGUUGUGAUACGGUCGACAUGGUGAAAAUAGCUCCACAAAGCCCUCCAAGUAAUAUGAACAUGUGUGAUCUUGCUGAAUCAGAAACUGCAGAACUGACCAAGAAAGAAUCACCAUCUAUGUUUGGCAAUGAAUGCAGCGAAUCAAAUACUGAAAUCCAAGAGUAUGUUUCCAACAAGGCAGAGACUGAAUAUGGCGGUACAGCUAGUACCUCCACUGGUGCUCCAAUUAAGAUGGAAUUUACUGACUCGGAUGAAGAAGUACAGACAAAUGCGCCAGAUCAACUGGAUAGUCCCAAAAGAAAACUGGAGUUAGAAAUGGAUUCAGCAGUUGUGGGACGUCUCUUGGGUGACGGCGAACACACGUCUGCUUCUGAUUACAUCAACGUGGAUGUGACGGCAAACUGUGCGAGAAAGAAGAGAAAGUACACCUCACUGGAUGGAAUACAACACAGAAGAGAAGUCUACCAGAAGGAAGAGUAUGAACUGCUAGAAGCCAUGCCUUUUGCCGACUAUGCAGAAUUUUCUCGCCAUUGUCCCAGUGUUAUGAAGAGGACAUACUUUCGCUGGAAAAGAAGAAUCAAAGAGGAGUAUAUGUACUUAGAACAAAAUGCCGACAUGUCUUUUGAAGAGUUCAGCAGAGUGUUCCCUCAGGCAAAGCAAAACAUCUUUUCUCACUGGAAAGGUUUAAUGAAACAAGGGUACAACUUUUCCAGUGUCCAUUACACCUCUGAUUCUUCAAACCACAUUUCCUCUGGUAACACCGAAGCGGCCGAGUUCUCUGAUGAUGGUGUCAAACAGUCCAGUUACAACUUCCUGCAGAAAAACUACCAGAUGGAAUUUUCGGAUUUCUCCAAGCAUUUCCCGACAGUCACGCAGCAGACGUUCACAGUGUGGAAGAAGAAGAUACAGCAGGAAGUCCAGUUCCUCAUGAGCAACCCUUACUAUGAAAUGGACUAUGCCGUGUAUUCCCAGUGCUUUCCUGGUGUGUCGAAGGAGGUCUUCAGUGCCUGGAAGCUGAACAUGCAGCAGCAGUUGGGAAGUCCACAGUCUGGUGCAAGUAUAUACCCAGGAGCGUCUUACUGGUCGCCCUUUUUAGGACAAGCUGCUAGGUUCGGAACAGUGCCAUGGUCGGAUGUGAAACCUAAUCUGUGGAUGAACAAUCCCUUGUUGACACACAUGUGGGGCACAGCUAUGAAUCUUUCAGCUUUAACUCGGAAUGAAGACGCGGGAAAGCAGCAGUUCUCUAGAUCAGGUUCAUUGCCCACCGAUGAGACCAGUUCGGCUAGACACACAAAGCCUUCAACAACAGGCCAUCAUAGUCCCUCUGAUCUGGGUAUGGAAAAACACAGUCCAUUUAGACAGACUGAAGCUGACUUUGCUUCACCAAAGUCACGAAAGCAAAACAAAGCAGAAUUUUAUCACUUCCUACAACAUCCGGAAAUGGACUUUCAUGACAUGUCAGUUGCAUUUCCUAACUUGUCUCUGCGGACAUUUUACCGGUGGAAAAGAGAAAUUAAAAACGCAAUGUGUAUUCUGGAGGAAUCUCAUUCUACGCCAUUUUCAGAAUUUCACAUUUACUUCCCUGAUAUUCCUGUUGAUAUUUUUAAUAAAUGGAAGGAAAAGAUAUCGGUUGCUGACCUAACCACAAGCAAUGAGUUCCAAGAAAAUUUGUUGAAGUCUAGUGCAAACAUAAACACUUCUCGGUUAGAUGCAUCGUCAAUCAAGACUGCUAGCAGAGAUGUUUUAGUUGAUGAUACAGAUGCAAAACACAAAGAAACAGAAUUCCAGUUCUUGAAAUUAAAUCCAUACAUUUCAUUUUCUCAGUUUUCAAUGCAUUUCCCACACAUAUCAAUGCGAAAAUUUUAUACAUGGUGCAAAAAAAUCCAGGGACAAAUCAAUGAUAUCCGCAAGAAUCCAUCAAUAUCAUUUGAGGAAUUCCAGAUGCAUUUUCCUGACAUCAGUUCUGACGUGUUUCAGGUGUGGAAUGAUCUUGUUCUCUCUGAAAAAGUAUCCGCAUCAGAGUUGGAAUCUGAUAAUCUGCAGAUGAAUCUUGAAGGCAGUUCACCAGAUGGCCAUUCUCCUGAAGCAGGCUCAGAAGCCAACCUGUCUCCUACUGACUUGAGCAUCAAACACGAAAAUCCAAACUAUUUCACCGAUACUCAGCAGACAACUGUCAAUGGAAUGCACGCAAAACUGAUUCACAAAGCUAGCCGUCCAGAAUAUGUUUUUCUGCAAAAUAAUCCAACUGUUGAUUUCCGCGAGUUCUUCUUUCGAUUUCCAGAGGUUUCUGGAACAACGUUCUACAGGUGGAGAAGAGAGAUCAAGGAAAUCAUGGACUACAUUCAGCUGAGGCCAAAUACAACAUACCAGGAAGUGGUGAGCUAUUUCCCAGAAAUUUCGGAAGAUAUCUUUGCUCACUGGAAGUCAAUUAUUCAGUCAGGUGCCAGUGAUCGCAGCCUGUGUGAGGAUGACUGUGAUCCAAUGGGUAGUCUGCAGGCCAUGGUGGACAACCGAACAAAAAAUGACGAGACACAAGAGGCAUUUUGUUAUGUCAUGGAAAACCCAAACAUUGAUAAGGAUGAGUUUUCACAAAAAUACCCAUCUCUCUCACAAAAGCUUUACUACAAAUGGAAGAAGAAGGUCAAGGAAUUGCUACUCAUGCUUCACAGCAAUCCAGAAAUCGACUUCAGCAUGUUUUCUGCAUGCAGUAGUGAUGUUCCUGAAGAUGUCUUCAAAAAGUGGAAAGACAACCUGACAUUAUAUUUAGACAAAGCUGUAUCAUCUGGGGUAGAAGAGCAUAAUGAGUUGCUGGACUCCAAGAUUGGGCAGAGUUCAGAAGAGUGGAUCAGUCCAAAAAGUAGAAAGGUAAAUCAAGCUGAGUUUCUGUUCUUCUUGAUGAAUCCAUUCAUGGAUUAUCAGGAAUUUUCCCACAACUUUCCGCAAAUAUCGCUGCGAACAUUUUAUCGGUGGCGCAGGGAGACUAGAGAUGGUUUAGAGUACCUUGAGGAAUAUCCCGAUGUAAGCUACAAAGUGUUUUGUCAGAUGUUUCCAGUAGUUGUUGAAGAUGUAUUUCAGAAGUGGAAAAUGUUGAUAUCUGUGAGAAACAAAGUGAAGAAUAAAGCAUGUUACCAAAAAGGUACAUUUAGUGAAAGACUGGGUACACAUGCAAGAAAUUACGAUACUUCCUCCAAAUAUGUUUUGAGUUCUGACAUGACACUGCCUGAUACCAAUGACCAGAUUCUACAGAUGAAUUCUUCACCUUCGAAUACUGCCGAGUUGGAUUCACCUACUUCACUGGAUAAGUCGGUUGAUGGUAAUCAAGAGAUGAUUCCUGGUAAGAUCAGCGAUGGUAGCUCCAGUAUCCACCAUAAAUUGGACUCUUCUAGAAGUUUUAUUGGCUUUUUAAGUGCUGCUGUUGAGAACAUCUGCAAAUCAGCUGGAUUACCUCCCUUGGAUCAGUCCGAUUCGAGCAAUGAUGGUCACAACACUCGACUGACAAAGCCAAGCUCAUCAGUAAGUGUACCUCUCAAGCUUGGUGGAGUUGCCUUUCCGGGACUGAUACCUCCGGACAGACCAGCAUCCAAUACUUCAUCCAGUACUGAGUUGGAAGAACAUACUUCUAAUGCUGAGGAUGGUGGUGAAGCAUCUGGUUUAGGGGGAAUAGCCUUCCCAGGAUUGACUCCCACUUCUUGUUACUCAACCUCUUCAAACACCACCAGCAAAGCAAACGAAUUGAUGUCGGUAAUCAAUAACACUUCUAGUCAUCCGGUUCAGAGUGUGGCCAUGACACAGUUGACUGAAUCAGGUCUCAGCAGUCAGGGUUUUAGUUCAGUAAAUUUUCCCGAUUUUAACCUUCCAACUUCAUCGGGGUUUUUGUCGUUUGACAGACAAGUUAAAUCGGAAUCACUUACUUCUAGUCCUUCAAGUGAACAGAUGAAUCUUGCCACCUCAAGGGUUUCUUCACCUUCGUUUGGUUUAGAGAGAACGUUGUCAUCAUCAUCCAGAAGUGUUUCCAAUAUAGCUACAGGAGAAUCUCCAGUUUCGGGUAUGAAAUGUGUGUCAUCUGCAUCAGCAAAGAAUGGACUGCAUGAUGACUAUUUCUUCUCUCCUCGGUUGAGGAAACAAAAUCGUGAAGAGUAUAUGUACUUGCAACAAAAUCCUUCAAUGGACUUUCAAGAAUUCUACAAAGUGUAUCCGACAAUCUCGCUGAGAACCUUCUAUCGGUGGAAGCGCGAGUUCAGGGAGGAUGGACAGAUAGGUCCGUUUCAACAAAAGGAAAACACAAACACCCUCAACACAGGUGGCAUUCAGCAUGGACAAAUUCUUGAUCUAAGUGCAAAACCGGGUAAUGUGUACAAUCAUUCAGUUGAUUCAGAAAUUUCUUAGCAUGGUAGCAAGGCCUAUUAUUUUCAUGUCCUGUAGAUUCAAAACACAGUUUUUGUUUAGUUACAUAUUUUAAAAUAGUGUUGAGCAAUUUUUCUUUUAAACAGUUGAUAAAAGUUUUAGUCAAAUACACUACUUUUUAUUUUGAAAAUGUUGCAUUUCGUUUUAGGUGACCAGUGGUCAGUUUACUUUAUUUUGAAACAAGACUUUGUCAUGCCAUCAUUUAGUUAUUGUUAUUCUAGUUUAUUUAAAAUAUGAAUUGAUAAUGUAAAACAGUGCUGUUCUCUCUUACUUUCUUGUUCUGAAGCCACUAGAUAGUAGACUAUGUUUUUUCUGUUUUCACUUAAGUUAAAAAGUCUUACUCGAAAUGCUGCUUUAUUAUCUUAAAACUGAACAGAUGUUACUGUUAAAACACUGGCGUGAUAUUGUUUUUUUAUCUGGGACAUGUCAUAUUAAAGGUAUCUCAUGAUGGGCAACAUCCGGCUGUUAAUAUUAACAGAAUAUUGUUUAAACGAAAGGUAUCAGGUCAUCUUAAAGAUAAUUUAAUCCUGGUUGAAACUCAGUUUUUUUAUUGAGCAUAUUCAUGUAUAAUCAUGUGUCCUUAGUUCUGAGUGAAGCUCAUUCUGAUGUGACGUUUUGUGUAUGCUAAAGCUGUAAGAUGAUUGUUUUUGUAACUGCUUUUUAAAACUACAGUGAAAUACAGUGAGUACAGGAUGUUAGCUUAUUGGUGUCUCUUCAGCUAAUCAUGAACAUAAGCAUAUACAUUUUCAGAUAGGAUUUCAUCAUUAUUAAAUUGUAUGUGUCCAGAUCAUGUGAACAGCAUUUAUUAUGUUCGAUGGACAACAUAUUUAAUUGUAGCUGUGCAAUUAUGGCAAUCUAUAGAACAUCUGUAAUGCAUAGUCACAAUGAUCACAAAUUUAAAUUUGCACAAAUUGUUAAUCAUAUGUAUUUGGUAUAUCCCUAGCAAACGUUGAGUAGUAUAUUUCAAGACCAAAAACAAGUUUUAUUUGAGUAUAUGUUCCGACGUCAUAUAACCGUAACGCAAAAUGUGUUGAGUGCGUUGUUAAAUAAAACAUUUCCUGUCAGGGUUGUAAAAAGACAGUUCCCAUGACUUGUGCUAACAUAGUUGCAAAAUGGUGACCAUCUUAAAUCGGUACAUAAACAUUAGAGGUGUAUUUUAGUUGAAAUGUUUUACUAGUACUAGAUUCAGCACAGUGAAAAACACUAUAAAGCAGACUUUAUUGACGGAACCAUCUGAUGGAGUCAAGACUUUGGAUUCAUUUUAAGAUUUCCUUGCUUCAGUAGAAAAUUUAGAAAAAGUAUUUGUCUUGGUAUAGCAUUUCUAUUGGGCUCGAAAUAGGAAGUAAAAUAAGGCCUGCUGUUAUUUUAUUAUUUUUUAAAUAGCAAGCCUGAAACGGAAAUAUGUCCUGCUAAGAAAACAUGCGACAGCAUGAGGGGAUAGUGUGUCAAAAUUCAGGACCUCCAAGAUGUAUUAAUUUAGAGCAUUAUGGAAUUAAAAUACAUAACAGAAUCUCGACCUAAAUAAUUGAUACAUGCAUUUGUCACUUGAAAAAAAAUGACCUGUAAUUUAGCAGGGGCAAAUUGAUCUCAUCUGCUAGGUUUAAAACAAAUGGGCUGCAUUUUGCAGGAUGCUAUUUCGAGCACUGUAUUGGAUCACUAGUCGGCCAGAAUUCCUGUUAGACCCUUGGCCUACAGCACAGAAUUCCUGCUAGUCCCUCGGCCUACAGCACAGAAUUCCUGCUAGUCCCUCGGCCUACAGCACAGAAUUCCUGCUAGUCCCUAGCCUACAGCACAGAAUUCCUGCUAGUCCCUCGGCCUACAGCACAAUAAUGCAACCAUUAACAUCAAAUUCCCUCUAAAGACCACUUGUCACAAUUACCAAGUGUUUCACAGUCAGUAAUCAAUGAUGAAUUAAUAAUACAGAUUCAUUCAUUCCGUAAUUGACAAACAACAAACAGUUGAAAAUAUUGAAAUGUGAAUGUUUUUAUCUGAGAAUGGUAAACGGUAGGACUAGCCGUUAUGUUUUAACUCGUCCAUCAGAAUUUUGGCUAGCAUUAAGUACUUCCUGCACUCCUGAUUUACACAUUAUUCAUUCAGAUUAGACAUGUUGUAAAAUGAUAGCAGGUGUACAAUGAAAGGAGUUAAUCUUUUUAAUCAUCAGUCAGGGGUGUAGGCUGGGGGGGUUUGGGGGGUUCCGACGAACCCCCAGCUGAAGCAAAUGGUCCGCUUUCAGAACUAAAAGAUACAGGUUUAUAUAUAUGGAGUUUCUGGUGGUGCAAAAACAAUA